AUGGCGCUGCUGCCGCGACUACGUCUGUACAGGGCCGAGGGGAACGCCGCCGAGGCGGCGGAGUUCUUCAAUGAGUUGUUGCCAGGCCGCGUCGUCACCGUCCACUAUGGUGACGACCGCGGCAUGUGGCACGAGCGGGAGGAGCUCGCCAGCGGGGCCGACGGCGAUGGUCAUGACAUGGCGUCGCUGACGCUCGGCGCCACACCAGCUCGCCAGCGGCCCGCGGGACGGGUGUACCGCUUCCGCGCCUACCCAACGGAGGCGGAGCUGUUGCAAUUGGUGCGCGCUGCCAGGCGCGCCGCCAGGGAUGCAGAUCUAGUCGUUUCGGAGCCACCGUACUACAUGCGGGACGCCGAGGUGCUGGGCGACGGGGCGACGGUCAGCUUCGGGGGCGCUCCUGGCUUCUACCGCCGCAUGGCACGGAAGGCGCCGCCGCCGGGCAUGAGCUGGAUUGCGGCGAAGACGGUGACAGGCGAGACCCAGAAGGGUGACGAGAUCACACCAGGUGUCGGAGAUGUGCUGUGGGGCGAGAGUGGGCUUCAUGGCCUCUCGUCGGGCUUCAUCGUGCCCAUGGAGUUGGAGGUCUUAGACGACUUCCCACUGUCGGGCGAGCGCAGCUACGAGUGGCUGUUUGAGCAUAUCGUGGAGCAUGGCGGCACCCCCGAAGACGUCGACCAGGUCGACGGCUCGAACCUGGCCUGCGUGGAGGUGGUGGCGCGCGCCUACCAGCUGGUGGAGGAGACGAUGGGCGGCAUGAAGGUAGGGGGGGUCGAGCACUACAUCGGCCGCUCGAACCAGAGUGCCCGCCGCGGCGUGGCAGUCGCCCCAGGCCUCGCCAAGUGCGCGACCGAGCAGCUCGCGAAGGAGACCGAGAUCCAGAAGCAGCGGAGGAAGUGCUUCAACCUGCUUGGGGGCUACACCGCGCCGCAGUGCACGCCAGAGCGCCCCUCGGAUCUGGGCGACCUUCUUCUUCCACGCGUCCGCGGUCUCCACCGUCAGAUGGAGGCGCCCGCUGGCGCGUCGGCCCAGGAAGCCUGCUCAGAGCUUUCGGGCCGCCCGUGUCUACACUACGACACGUCCAACGACUUACCGCUGAGGUCAGAUGCGCCACGCUUCGUGAGCUGGCCCAACUUGGGGAACGAGCCAGGCUGGCUCGCUGACCGCCUCGGGCCUCGCGAUCGCUGCUCACUCCUUGACCUCGACCACGCUUUGCUGCUGCCGCCCCGGAGCUUUGACGCGGUGGCGGAGGAGGGCGGGGGGCCUACGCUAUAUAUGGAUCCUGUGCUGGAGAGGGACUGCGCGCUGUACAUAGAGUCUGUGAAGUCGGGGAUCUCCAGAGGCGUCUUUGUGCCUGGUAAGACUCGGGUCGAGGGCGUGGGGGUGUUCUUCGUCGCCGAGGACUUCCUCAUCAGAAUGGUUUUGGACUGCAGGAGGAGCAACCAACGGUUUCAGCCUUCUCCGCCCGUAAGCCUCUUCUCGGCCGCGGGCUUCGCGGACCUUGAGGUGCCGCUUGGGACCUCGCUCUACUUCGCGGGGGUCGACGUGCAGAGCGCCUUCUACCAGCGCAAGCUGCCCGCCUACCUCCGCCCGCUCUUCUGCCUGCCCGUGGUGGCCGCCGGCGAGCUGGGGGUCGGCGAGCUCGACGGCCACCGCGUGGCGCCGUGGGCGCGGCUGUAUCCGCAGUUGGCCGCGGCGCCUAUGGGCUGGAGUUGGGCGCUCUACUUUGCGCAGCGGGCCCGCGAGCGCGCGCUCGACCAGCGCCCUCCCGCCCACUCCCUCUACGUCGACAACGCGCUGGUGGUGGGGACGGACCGCGAGGAGGUCGCGCGCGUGAGGCAGCUCGCAUCCCAGACGCUAGAAGCUGCUGGUCUGGCUGUGCACGACGAGUCCGAUGCCGCGGAGGCCAUGGUGAUGCUGGGCAGGCAGCUGGAGGGCCGCCCUGCGCGGGCGACCCUUGCGCCGCGCCGCUUCUGGAAGCUGCGCCUUGGGAUCGGCUUCUUGUUGCAGCGGCGGCCGUGGGUCACUAGUCGCGACAUCGAUCACCUCCUUGGCCACUGCACCUUCGCGGCGCUCUGCAGGCGGGAGAGCCUCGGCUGCUUCGGCGCCGUCUAUGGCUUCGUGCAGCAGGGGUAUCAGCGAGCGCGGCCGCUGUGGGCUUCCGCGCGGAAAGAGCUCAUGAUCUUCCGCGGCAUCCUGAUCGCGCUGGAGGCGCGCCUGGAUGCGCCGUGGUCGCCGCAGGUGGUGGUGGCCGACGCCUGCGAGACUGGCCGCGCGUCCGCGCCCGCCGCCUGGGGUGUCGCCGAUGUCGCUGCGGCAGGCCGCUGGCAUGAACGGUGGCGAUUCCGCCGCGCCCGCGAGGGCGACGGGACCUUGCGCCCGCGCGACCGCGCUGCCCGCACGGCCGCGGCUGCGCUCCUAGAGGCCGACCCGUCGCAUGCAGCCCUGAGGGGCGAGUCAUCAAAAAACUUCCCCGAUGUGUCGGCGCACUACCUCCGCCGCUCCAAGUGGAAGCUGAUGCGCUACGUCCCGACGUUUAGAAAGGUGCCUAUGCACCGUGAAGAAGCAAGGGGAGAUCUACACGCCGUCAAGCUGAUCCUGUCGGGCGCGGAUUCCUGGGGGAAGAAACAUGCGGUCUUUGGGGGCAAUCUUGCACUCGCGCUUGCACUCUCGAAAGGCCUCAGAGGGGCUGCCGCCGAGACGGCCCACGCGGGCGCCGCGACUGGCUGCGCCACUGGGCCAGGCUGCAGCGUCGCGCGUGCCGCCCGCCGCAGCUGUGGGGCGAGCCGAGACUCUGGGCGCGUGCCCCGGUCUCUGGCCCCCCGAGUCCGUCUGGCUCGCGCUGUGGGGCUUCUCACGCGGCGACUGGAGGCGCGGCCGUUCUUGCCGAGCUUUGCGCCGCCAACGUCCGCCGCGGUCCCGACGCGGGAACUGCUGGGCAGUGGGGGGCAGGCGCGGGGCACCACUCGCCAGCUCUCCAUCGCCGAGACGGCAGCUCUUGGGAAGCGGAGCCGCCACCAGUAUCGCAAUCUGCUGGAGCAGUUCUUGAUGGCCAGCGAGCUGCCGACGCUGGGCGCGGCUGCGCCCCUGCUGGAUGCCGCCGUUGUGAGGUUCUUCGACGAGCUCUACCUGGCAGGCAAGGCGGCGUCCACAGGCGAGAAGCUGAUCGCCGCGAUCGCCAUGCGCGUGCCCGACUACCAGUUCAAGGGCCGCCUGCGCUUGUGCCGAAUCGGCGGCAAGAAGGAGAUGGCUCUCUACUGGCUGUUGAUGGUCGACACCUACCUUCGACCUGGGGAGGCCUUCCGCUUGACGAAAGGCCAAAUGGUGCCGUCACAGGCCGAGAUGCCCAAUGUUACGAUCCACAUCAGCCCCGACUACUUGAAGAGGCCGGCCCAGGCGGUCUGGUCGCCAAUGACAACGGCAGCGCGGGCCUACUGCAUGCGCGCGAAUGUCGAGCUGCACGUGCAGCGCAACAGCGUCUGA